ACAGUUCAAUACAUAGAGGUCACAUCACUAGCAAAUAUCUGUGUCACUGACUACAGAAGAAAAAAACUAGCAGGGAAAACUGAAAGAAAAAAGAAAAAAAAAACAUAUUUUUAGUUAAAAAUUUAUUAAAAUACGGAAUUUUUUAAUAAUAAAUAUAGAAAAUAAGUGAUAAACAAUAGCCCACCAGUGUUUAAAAGUAAAGAAAAAUAAAAACCACAAAAAAACUAAAAAGAAAACAAAAUGGUCAAAUUAUUUGCGUUGAGUGUUUUUUACAAGGGUUCAGCAGAAGCUCGCCUAUUAAAGUCGACCUAUGAUUUGCAAUCAUUCUCCUUUUUCCAAAGAGGCACCGUACAAGAAUUCAUGACAUUUGCCUCAAAGACCAUAGUCGAACGUACACAACCAGCAAUGCGUCAAUCGGUUAAAAUGGAAGCCUAUAUGUGUCAUGUAUAUGUUAGGACCGAUAAUCUAGCUGGUGUUUUAAUAGCUGAUCAUGAAUAUCCUCAAAGAGUGGGUCACACUUUAAUAACAAAAAUUUUAGAUGAAUUUGCCGCUAGAAUACCCACAGAUCAAUGGGAAACGGGGACUGAGAGUACCAUAGACUUUCCGGUAUUACCAACAUUUCUGGCUAAAUAUCAAGAUCCCAAAGAAGCGGAUGCUUUAACAAAAAUGCAAAAUGAUUUAGAUGAAACAAAGAUUAUAUUGAAGAACACCAUCGAAGCGGUGCUAGAGAGAGGAGAAAAAAUUGAUGAUAUGGUUAUAAAAUCGGAAAAUCUAUCAAUACAAAGUAAAGCAUUCUAUAAGACGGCCAAGAAGACAAAUUCUUGUUGUAAUUUCAGUUAAGCGUGCAAAACCAUUUUACAAACGAUGAAAAAUGAUAAGAUAAUAAUUAUUUGAAAGAUGCUGCAGAGAAGAUGAUAAUGAAAUUGAUGUUUGUGGUUAAACAAAAUAAGGUCUUAAAGGUUAAAAUUGCUUUUUGUUUAUUUGUUAAUGUUAAGAUUUCAAAACGGGAAAUGCUUAGAAAGAAUAUUAGCUAUUAAAUGGAUAAAAGAAUUUAUAUAUACUUUGUUUA